GCCAGGACCCUCCCGCUCCCUGGGCCUGCGGGCUCCUCCCACUCCGGGUCACGGCGUGAUAGGGGCGGAAGCGGCGGCGGCCGAGCUGCUGCAGCUGGCAGUGCGGAUCCGGCCGUCCGGUGUAGCCCGGUGCAGCCCAGGGCAGCACUCGCCCCCUGGCCAGCGCUCUGAGGUUUUCCAAAGCAAUGGCCGCAUCUCGAGGGAGGUCAAAGAAGAGAAGCAAUUUGGAGCUUUCUCCUGAUAACCUGCCUUUGAGGAGCUCCGGGCGGCAGGCAAAGAAGAAAGCAGUAGAGAUCACAGAUGAGGAUGAAGAUAGUACGUCAGAGAAGAAGUACCGGAAAUGUGAAAAGGCAGGCUGUACAGCAGCAUAUCCUGUGUGCUUUGCAAGUGCUUCUGAAAGAUGUGCCAAAAAUGGCUACACCUCCCGAUGGUAUCACCUUUCCUGUGGGGAACACUUCUGCAAUGAAUGCUUUGACCACUACUACAGAAGCCACAAAGACGGGUAUGACAAAUACAGUGCAUGGAAAAGAGUGUGGACCAGCAACGGCAAGACAGAGCCAAGCCCCAAGGCGUUCAUGGCAGACCAGCAGCUGCCCUACUGGGUGCAAUGCACAAAACCCGAGUGUGGAAAGUGGAGGCAGCUGACCAAGGAGGUCCAGCUUACUCCACACAUGGCGAGGACUUACCGCUGUGGCGUGAAGCCAAACACUAUUACCAAGCCUGACACCCCCGAUCAUUGUGCUUUCCCAGAGGAUCUGAGAGUGCUGGAAGUUUCCAACCACUGGUGGUACCCCAUGCUCAUCCAGCCUCCCUUGCUGAAGGACAGCGUGGCAGCACCGCUGCUCUCUGCCUACUACCCCGACUGCGUUGGCAUGAGCCCCUCCUGCACCAGCACACAUCGCGCCACCGUCACAGCCGCUACCGCUGCCACCGGCAGUGCCAGCCCGGGGGAGAUGGAGCCCUCCAAGGCAGCCCCCUCUUCACUUGUCCUAGGCAUGAACCGGUACUUCCAGCCAUUCUACCAGCCCAACGAGUGUGGCAAAGCCCUGUGUGUGCGGCCGGAUGUGAUGGAGCUGGAUGAGCUCUAUGAGUUUCCAGAAUAUUCUCGAGACCCCACCAUGUACCUGGCUUUGAGAAACCUCAUCCUCGCUCUGUGGUACACAAACUGCAAAGAAGCUCUCACCCCUCGGAAGUGCAUUCCCCACAUCAUUGUCCGGGGCCUUGUACGCAUCCGAUGCGUUCAGGAAGUAGAGAGGGUUCUUUACUUCAUGACACGGAAAGGCCUCAUCAACACGGGAGUUCUCACCGUGGGAGCCGGCCAGCAUCUUCUUCCUAAACACUACCACAAUAAAUCUGUUCUGGUUGUUGGGGCUGGUCCAGCAGGCUUAGCAGCUGCUAGGCAACUACAUAACUUUGGGAUGAAGGUGACUGUCCUGGAAGCCAAAGACCGGAUUGGAGGCCGAGUAUGGGAUGACAAGUCCUUUAAAGGCGUGGUAGUGGGAAGAGGACCCCAGAUUGUCAAUGGCUGUAUUAAUAACCCGGUAGCACUAAUGUGUGAGCAACUUGGCAUCAGCAUGCGUAAGUUGGGAGAGAGAUGUGACUUAAUUCAGGAAGGUGGACGGAUAACUGACCCCACUGUUGACAAACGCAUGGACUUUCAUUUUAAUGCUCUCUUGGAUGUUGUCUCUGAGUGGAGGAAGGAUAAGACUCUGCUCCAAGAUGUCCCUUUAGGAGAGAAGAUAGAGGAGAUCUACCGGGCUUUUGUGGAGGAGUCUGGCAUCCAGUUCAGCGAGCUGGAGGGACAGGUGCUGCAGUUCCACCUAAGUAACCUGGAGUAUGCUUGUGGCAGCAGCCUGCAUCAGGUGUCUGCUCGCUCCUGGGAUCACAAUGAAUUCUUUGCCCAGUUUGCUGGUGACCAUACCCUCCUCACGCCAGGCUACUCCACUAUCAUUGAGAAACUGGCUGAAGGACUGGACAUUCGACUCAAAUCUCCAGUGCAAAGUAUAGAUUAUACUGGAGAUGAAGUGCAGGUUACCACGACAGACGGUAUGGGGCAUUCUGCACAAAAGGUGUUAGUCACUGUGCCAUUGGCCAUACUACAGAGAGGUGCCAUCCAGUUUAAUCCACCAUUGUCAGAGAAGAAGAUGAAAGCCAUCAACAGCUUGGGUGCAGGCAUCAUUGAAAAGAUUGCCUUGCAGUUUCCAUAUAGAUUUUGGGACAGUAAAGUCCAAGGGGCUGACUUUUUUGGCCAUGUUCCUCCCAGUGCCAGCCAACGAGGGCUCUUCGCCGUAUUCUAUGACAUGGACUCCCAGCAGAGUGUGCUGAUGUCGGUGAUCACAGGGGAGGCAGUGGCGUCCCUCAGGACCAUGGACGACAAGCAGGUGCUGCAGCAGUGCAUGGGCAUCCUUCGGGAGCUAUUCAAGGAGCAGGAGAUCCCAGAUCCCACCAAGUAUUUUGUCACACGGUGGAGCACAGAGCCAUGGAUCCAGAUGGCAUAUAGUUUCGUGAAGACCUUUGGAAGUGGCGAGGCCUACGACAUUAUUGCUGAAGAAAUACAAGGAACUGUCUUUUUUGCUGGUGAGGCAACAAACAGGCAUUUCCCACAAACUGUUACUGGGGCAUAUUUAAGUGGUGUACGAGAAGCAAGCAAGAUUGCAGCCUUUUAAAAAGAACUUGUAUGGACCUAAUGUUCUAUAUCCCAAAUGGAAGUUUGAAACAUAAGUUAAACUUCAGUUCUGCAAGAGAGGGGACUCUAACUCUGUGUAUAGUAAAAUUGAAAUGUUUCUGUGGUGAUAGGAAAAUGUAAACCCAUUUCACUCUUCUGAAACCAUUGACCCUCAAAACCCUUCCAGGCACUUAUCUUUUACUGCAUCUUUCCAUAUGUCCUGUGGGUUUCAGAAGGUGGCACAGUAGAUCAUUGAGACCUUGGUUCUGGCUGGGAUUCCCCCCUCAGAUUGGACAUUCUGGUUGGCAGAUUACUUUUCAUAUAAUGUGAAACCAAGUAAUCCAGCAGGAGUUACUAGCAAACUUAAGAGAAAGCCAUGUGCUUUUCUGUGACAAUUUAUCAGUACCUUUACCAAUGAGCCUUAAUAUUUUUACACAGCUCCAAUUUUGGGCUUUCCUUAAAAUUACAAUUCUUUUUUGAUACAACGAUUUGAAUUUUGAGGUGAUGCUUCUAGGCUAUUUUAUACUACAUAAAUUUCUUUUCAUUGAGUAUUCAAAACUUAGAUUCGGGAAUAUUUUGAUAUUUUAGACCUGUGCACACUCAUCAGCAACACAAGACUCAAUCCCCUAACAGUGAAUACAUGUGUGUGCAACCAUCUCAAUGGAUACAGGAUGUUUUCAAACUACAAAACCAGUUUUGAGUGGGCAGCAUACUUGAAAUUUAGCAAAAAUCUAGUCAGACUUGAAAGUCCUUUAUUUUUAAAGUUGACUUUUACAGUGUCUAAUAUUUUACAUAGUUGUAAGUUUCCCAUAGGCAGGUCCACUGGAAAACUGUACAAAGUCUCAAUCAUCUUGGCACAUACAUAGGACAUUACUUUAUAAGCCAUAUGUUAAAGUCUGAACAUGGCAAAACUUACUCUUCCACUGAAAAGACUGUUUAAUAAGCAUGGGUUCUCAGGGUCUUUGGGAUGCCUAUUCUGCCAAGAAACUUCAGUUGAUAGACUAGAAAUAUACUUUUGUUUUAAAAAGUCUUUAAACAAUUCUUCUUUGAAUUAUAUCGGUCUGCUUUUAAAAGGGAGCUACAAAGGACUUUACAGCCACUUUUUGAAAUAUUAGGUAUUUCUGAAAUUCAAAAUUAGCUUAAGAAAAGAUCUUAUACAAAGAAUGUACAGUGAAGUGUGCUUUAGACAGUCUAGACAUACUCUCUCCCCUGUCAAAGUACAAUACAAAGCCAAUGACUACAUAUUUAAAAGUUCAUUAUUCACUGUACUUAGAGGUUAUUUGUUGAGACUCAUUGGUACUGAUAAAGGAAGUAUUCUGCUUUCAAGUGUAAGUAAUUAAAAUGUUUAGCAUGUGUGAAGUGAUAAAUGCAAAAUGUUAAAUGGUUCAGUCCAUCUAAGUUAUUUAGUUUCUAGGCACUUGUGCUUUGUAUGCUAUUUCAAGUAUAAAAGUAAUUUUCUCCCAUUUUGAGUGACAUAGCUUCAUAUUGUUCUAAAGAAACUAUGAUACUUUGAGUUUUACUUUCCAAUCUCUAAGAUUUUUGUUAAUGAGCAGAAGUAUACUUUGAUUUAAUAACUACAUAUCAUGAAUAACUGGUUAUGUAAAACUGCUUAAUAAGUAGACUUUUGCAAAUAACCCUUAAUAAAUGGUCAUUAGCAUCA